GAGUCCCGCACCUUCUCAGCCGGGAGCCAUGGUGGCUGGCAUGCUGAUGCCCCUGGGGCAGCUGCGCUCCAUCUACGAGCUGCUCUUCCGAGACGGCGUCCUGGUGGCAGAGAAGGACCGGCGCCCCCACAGCUACCACCCACAGCUGCCCGGGGUGACCCACCUGCAAGUGCAGCGGGCCCUGGGGUCCCUGCGCUCCCGGGGCCUGGUCCGGGAGAACUUCGCCUGGCGCCACUGCUACUGGUACCUGACGGAUGAGGGAAUUGCCCACCUGCGCGAGUACCUGCACUUGCCGCCUGAGAUUGUGCCCGCCACCCUGCAGCGCGUCCGCCGCCCUGUGGCCCUGCCCCGGCCAGCCUCACGCCCGCCUCGCGUGCAAACGGUGCCGGGGGGGCUGGUCUGCCCCGCCAAGCCGCAGGAAGAUUCGCGGCAGGUGUAUCGCCGGAAGGAGGAUUCUGCCGCCCUCACCGCAGCUGGGCACGUGGAGCCCGUCCCUCGGAGGGCGGGGCCCCAGGUGGCAUCUGAUCGCACGCCUGCCGAAGACGAACGAGACCGGGUCCAGAAGAAAACCUUCACCAAAUGGGUCAACAAGCACCUCAUCAAGGCUCAGCGCCACGUGAACGACCUCUACGAGGACCUGCGCGAUGGCCACAACCUCAUCUCUCUCCUGGAGGUGCUCUCGGGAGACACCCUGCCCAGAGAGCGCGACGUGAUCCGGAAUUUGCGGUUGCCCCGCGAGAAGGGACGGAUGCGCUUCCACAAACUGCAGAAUGUGCAGAUUGCCUUGGAUUACCUGAAGCACCGGCAGGUGAAGCUGGUCAAUAUCCGGAACGAUGACAUCGCCGACGGCAACCCCAAGCUCACGCUGGGCCUCAUUUGGACCAUCAUCCUGCACUUCCAGAUCUCCGACAUCCAGGUGAGCGGACAGUCGGAGGACAUGACGGCCAAGGAGAAGUUGCUGCUGUGGUCCCAGCGCAUGGUGGAGGGCUACCAGGGCCUGCGCUGCGACAACUUCACCACCAGCUGGCGGGACGGGCGCCUCUUCAACGCCAUCAUCCACCGGCACAAGCCCAUGCUGAUAGACAUGAACAAGGUCUAUCGCCAGACCAACGUGGAGAACCUGGAGCAGGCCUUCUCCGUGGCUGACCAUGACCUGGGAGUGACGCGGCUGCUGGACCCCGAAGACGUGGACGUGCCCCAGCCGGACGAGAAGUCCAUCAUCACCUACGUCUCCUCCCUCUACGACGCGAUGCCGCGGGUGCCGGACGUGCAGGACGGGGUCAAGGCCAACGAGUUGCAGCUGCGCUGGCAGGAGUACUACGAGCUGGUGACGCUGCUCCUGCAAUGGAUCCGGCACCACACCAUGGUUUUUGAGGAGCGGAGGGUCCCGGCCAGCUACGAGGAGAUUGAGAUCUUGUGGCAUCAGUUCCUGAAAUUCAAGGAGACGGAGCUGCCUGCCAAGGAGGCCGACAAGAACCGCUCCAAGGCCAUCUAUCAGUCCCUCGAGGCUGCAGUGCAAUCGGGGCAGCUGAAGGUGCCCCCCGGCUGCCACCCCCUGGACGUGGAGAAGGAGUGGGGCAAGCUGCACGUCGCCAUCUUGGAGCGCGAGAAACUUCUGCGCUCUGAGUUCGAGAGGUUGGAGCGGCUGCAGCGCAUUGUCAGCAAGCUCCAGAUGGAGUCGGGGCUCUGUGAGGAGCAGCUCAACCAGGCCGACACCCUCCUCCAGUCGGACAUCCGGCUGAUCAACGCGGGCAAGGCCCCUCAGAAGUCGGCGGAGAUCGAGCGGGACCUGGACAAGGCCGACGGCAUGAUCCGCGCACUCUUCAAUGACGUCCAGGCCCUCAAGGACGGGCGCCACCCGCAAGGCGAGCAGAUGUACCGCAGGGUGUACCGCCUGCACGAGCGCCUCGUGGCCAUCCGCACGGAGUUCAACCUGCGCCUGAAGUCGGGCUCAGCCCACAUCGCCCAGGUCUCCCUGCCCGUCACCCAGCGCCCGCGGCAGGAGCUGGACGACGUCACGCUGCGCUACCUGCAGGACCUACUCGCCUGGGUGGAAGAGAACCAGCGCCGGAUCAGUGCGGCUGAGUGGGGCGUCGACCUCCCGACCGUCGAGUCGCAGCUGGGCAGCCACCGGGGCCUGCACCAGUCCGUCGAGGAGUUCCGGGCCAAGAUCGAGAGGGCCCGGGCCGACGAGGCCCAGCUCUCUCCUGGCCCGCGGAGCGCCUACCGGGACUGCCUGGGCAAGCUGGACUUGCAGUACGCCAAGCUGCUGCAUUCGUCCAAGGGCCGGCUCCGGCAGCUGGAAAGCCUUCAGGCGUUUGUGGCGGCGGCCACCAAGGAGCUGAUGUGGCUGAACGAGAAGGAGGAGGAGGAGGUGAACUACGACUGGAGCGAGCGCAACAGCAACAUGGCCGCCAAGAAGGAAAGCUACUCGGGCCUGAUGAGGGAGCUGGAGCAGCGGGAGCGGAAGAUCAAAGAAAUCCAGAACACGGGUGACCGGCUGCUGCGAGAGGAGCACCCGGGCAAGCAGACGGUGGAGGCCUUCCAGGCUGCCCUGCAGACCCAGUGGAGCUGGAUGCUCCAGCUGUGUUGCUGCAUCGAGGCCCACCUGAAGGAGAACACCGCCUACUUCCAGUUCUUCUCUGACGUGAAGGAAGCCGAGGAGUUCCUGCACAAGACCCAGGAGACGAUGAGGAAAAAGUUUGUCUGCGACCGGUCCAUCACGGUGACCCGGCUGGAGGACUUGCUGAAAGACUCCCUUGAGGAGAAGGAGCGCCUUGCUGAGUACCAGGGGCACCUGGCGGGGCUGGCCAAGCGCGCCAAGGCCAUCGUCCAGCUGAAGCCACGGAGCCCGAGCGCCCCGGUCAAGGGCCGGCUGCCCGUCCAGGCAGUCUGUGACUACAAGCAGGUGGAGAUCACGGUGCACAAGGGCGAUUCUUGCACCCUCCUCAGCAACGCCCAACCCUACAAGUGGAAGGUGCUGAAUGCUGCGGGCAGCGAGUCCGUCGUGCCGUCCAUCUGCUUCCUGGUGCCCCCACCCAACAAGGACGCCCUGGAAGCCGUCAGCAGGCUGGAGGCCACCCAGCAGACCCUGAGGUCCUCCUGGCACCAGCUGCACGUCGACAUGAAGAGCCUCCUCUCCUGGCAGUACCUGCAGCGAGACAUCCAGCUGAUCCAGGCAUGGUCUCUCCUCAUGUUCCGGACCAUGCCUCCGGAGGACCACCGGCAGGCCCUGCGCAGCCUGGAGACCCACUACCAGGAGUUCCUGCGCAACAGCCAGGACUCCCAGAACUUCCAGCCGGACGACCGGCUGCACGUGGAGCGCGAGUACACCACCUGCACCCAGAAGUAUGAGCUCCUGCUGCGUGGCCUGGAGAAAGGGGAGCAGGAGGAGUCGCUGUGCAGGAACUUCAUAUCGCAGCUGAAGGACAUCCGCCUGCAGCUGGAGGGCUGUGAGUCCCGCACCAUCCACAAGAUCCGUUCUCCGCUGGACAAAGACCCUGCCAGGGAGUGUGCCCAGCGGAUCAGUGACCAGCAGCAAAUCCACCUGGAGCUGGAAGGCAUCAAGAAGAGCCUGGGCAAAGUGAGCACGAAGACGGAGCAAGUGCUGGCUCAGCCGGACCAGGCCGGCUCGGCCCCCACGCUGCACUCGGAGCUGGACAUCACGCUGCAGAAGAUGGACCAGGUGUACAGCCUCUCCAGCAUCUACCUGGAGAAGCUGAAGACCGUCAGCCUGGUCAUCCGCAGCACGCAAGGCGCGGAGGAGCUGGUCCGGAACUACGAGGAGCAGCUGAAGGACGUGCAGGCGGUGCCCGCCGACCUGCAGGCCCUCGAGGCGACCAAGGCAGAGCUGAAGAGGCUGCGUGGGCAGGUGGAAGGGCACCAGCCCCUCUUCAGGACCCUGGAGGCGGACCUGGGCAAGGCCAGCGAGGUGAACGAGCGGAUGGUGAGGGGUCACAGCGAGAGGGACCUGGACUUGGACCGGUACCGCGAGCGCGUGCAGCACCUCCUGGAGCGCUGGCAGGCCAUCCUGGCCCAGAUCGACCUGCGCCAGCGGGAGCUGGACCAGCUGGGCCGGCAGCUGCGCUACUACCGCGAGAGCUACGACUGGCUCAUCCAGUGGAUCCGGGACGCCCGGCGGCGCCAGGAGAGCCUCCAGGCCGUGCCCAUCACCAGCAGCAAGGGCGUGCGGGAGCAGCUGCUGCAAGAGAAGAAACUCCUGGAGGAGUGUGACCGGAAUCGGGAGAAGGUGGAGGAGUGCCAGCGCUUUGCCAAGCAGUACAUCGAUGCCAUCAAGGAUUAUGAGCUGCAGCUGGUGACCUACAAGGCCCAGGUGGAGCCGGUGGCGUCUCCUGCCAAGAAGCCGAAGGUUCAGUCUGUCUCCGACAGCAUCAUCCAGGAGUAUGUGGACCUGCGGACUCAGUACAGUGAGCUGACCACCCUGACCAGCCAAUACAUCAAGUUCAUUACGGAGACCCUUCGGCGGCUGGAGGAGGAGGAGAAAGCAGCUGAGAAACUGAAGGCGGAGGAGCAGAAGCGCCUGGCUGAGGUGGAGGCACAGCUGGAGAAGCAGAGGCAGCUGGCCGAGGCCCACGCCAGGGCCAAGGCCCAGGCAGAGCAGGAGGCCCUGGAGCUGCAGCAGCGCAUGCAGGAGGAGGUCAGCAAGCGGCAGCUGGUGGCCGUGGACGCCGAGCAGCAGAAGCAGAACAUCCAGCAGGAGCUGACGCAAAUGAAGCUCAACUCGGACGUGCAGAUCCAGUCCAAGCUCAAGCUCAUCGAAGAGGCCGAGUUCAGCCGCAGGAAAGUGGAGGAAGAGAUUCACAUCAUCCGCCUGCAGCUGGACGCCACGCAGAAGCAGAAGGCCGGCGCCGAGGACGAGCUGCAGGCCCUGCGGGCGCGGGCCGAGGAGGCGGAGUGCCAGAAGCGGCUGGCCCAGGAGGAGGCGGAGCGCCUGCGCAAGCAGGUCAAGGACGAGACGCAGAAGAAGCGGCAGGCGGAGGAGGAGCUGCAGCGCAAGGUGCAGGCGGAGCAGCAGGCGGCGCGGGAGAAGCAGAAGGCCCUGCAGGACCUGCAGGACCUGCGCCUGCAGGCGGAGGAAGCCGAGCGCAGGAUGAAGCAGGCCGAGCUGGAGAAAGAGCGGCAGCUGCAAGUGGCCCAGGAGGUGGCCCAGAAGAGCGCUGCGGCGGACCUGCAGAGCCGGCGCCUGUCCUUCGCCGAGAAGACGGCCCAGCUGGAGAUGUCACUGCAGCAGGAGCACAUCACCGUCACCCACCUCCAGGAGGAGGCCGAGCGCCUGAGGAAGCAGCAGCUGGAGGCCGACCAGUCCCGGGAGGAGGCCGAGAAGGAGGUGGAGAAGUGGCGGCAGAAGGCCAACGAGGCCUUGCGCCUGCGCCUGCAGGCCGAGGAGGUGGCCCACAAGAAGAGCCUGGCGCAAGAGGAGGCCGAGAAGCAGAAGGAGGACGCCGAGCGGGAGGCCCGGAAGCGGAGCAAGGCCGAGGAGGCCGCCCUGCGCCACAAGCAGCUGGCCGAGGAGGAGCUGGAGAAGCAGCGGAAGCUGGCCGAGGGGACGGCCCAGCAGAAGUUCCUGGCCGAGCAGGAGCUGAUCCGCCUGAAGGCCGAGACGGAGAACGGGGAGCAGCAGCGGCUGCUGCUGGAGGAGGAGCUCUUCCGCCUCAAGAACGAGGUGAGCGAAGCCAUCCAGAAGCGGAAGGAGCUGGAGGAGGAGUUGGCCAAGCUGCGGGCCGAGAUGGAGCUGCUGCUGCGCAGCAAGGCCAGGACGGAGGAGGAGUCCCGCUCCACCAGCGAGAAGUCGAAGCAGAUCCUGGAGGCCGAGGCCAGCAAGCUGCGGGAGCUGGCCGAGGAGGCGGCUCGGCUGAGGGCCCUCUCGGAGGAGGCCAAGCGGCAGCGGCAGCUGGCCGAGGAAGAGGCCGUCCGGCAGCGGGCGGAGGCGGAGCGCAUCCUCAAGGAGAAGCUGGCCGCCAUCAACGAAGCCUCGCGGCUCAAGGCGGAGGCCGAGAUCGCCCUGAAGGAGAAGGAGGCCGAGAACGAGCGGCUGCGGCGGCUGGCCGAGGACGAGGCCUACCAGCGGCGGCAGCUGGAGGAGCAGGCCGCUCAGCACAAGCAGGACAUCGAGGAGAAGAUCGCGCUGCUCCGGACGUCGUCGGAAAAGGAGCUGGAGAGGCAGAAGGGCAUCGUGGACGACACGCUGAAGCAGCGGCGCCUCAUCGAGGAGGAGAUCCGCAUCCUCAAGGUCAAGUUUGAGACGGCCUCCGUCGGCAAGACGGACCUGGAGCUGGAGCUCAGCAAGAUCAAGCGGGACGCCGAGGAGACCCAGCACAGCAAGGAGCAGGCGGAGCGCGAGGCGGAGAAGCUGCGGCAGGUGGCCCUGGAGGAGGAAAGCCGCCGCAAGGAGGCCGAAGCCAAGGUCAAGAAGAUCCUGGCCGCCGAGCAGGAAGCUGCCCGGCAGCGCAAGGCGGCCCUGGAGGAGGUGGAGCGCUUGAAGGCCAAGGUGGAGGAGGCCAAGAAGCAGAAGGAGCUGGCCGAGAGCGAGUCCGAGAGGCAGAUCCAGCUGGCCCAGGAGGCGGCCCAGAAGCGGCUCGCCGCGGAAGAGAAGGCGCACUUCGCUGCCGUGCAGCAGAAGGAGCAGGAGCUGCUGCAGACCCGGCAGCAGGAGCAGAGCAUCCUGGACAAACUGCGCGGGGAGGCCGAGAAGGCCAAGAAGGCGGCUGAGGACGCCGAGUUUGCCCGGGCCAAGGCGGAGCAGGACGCCGCCUUGUCCCGGCAGCUGGUGGAGGAAGCCGAGCGCAUGAAGCAGCGAGCAGAGGAGGAGGCUCACGCCAAAGCCAAGGCGCAAGAAGACGCAGAGAAGCUCCGGAAGGAGGCCGAGCUGGAGGCGGCCAAGCGGGCCCAGGCGGAGCAGGCCGCCCUCAAGCAGAAGCAGCUGGCGGAUGCCGAGAUGGAGAAGCACAAGAAGUUUGCCGAGCAGACUCUGCGGCAGAAGGCCCAAGUGGAGCAGGAGCUGACCAAAGUCAAGCUGCAGCUGGAGCAAACCGACCACCAGAAGAGCAUCUUGGAGGAGGAGCAGCAGCGGCUGAAGGAGGAGGUGACCGAAGCCAUGAAACAGAAGGCCCAGGUGGAGGAGGAGCUCUUCAAGGUGAAGAUCCAGAUGGAGGAGCUGAUCAAGCUGAAGACCCGCAUCGAGGAGGAGAACAAGAUGCUGAUCCUGAAGGACAAGGACAACAUGCAGAAGUUCCUGGUCGAGGAGGCCGAGAAGAUGAAGCAGGUGGCGGAGGAGGCCGCUCGGCUGAGCGUGGAGGCCCAGGAGGCCGCCCGCAUGCGGAAGCUGGCCGAGGAGGACCUGGCUCAGCAGCGGGCCCUGGCGGAGAAGAUCCUGAAGGAGAAGAUGCAAGCCGUCCAGGAGGCCACCAGGCUGAAGGCCGAGGCGGAGAUGCUGCAGAAGCAGAAGGACCUGGCCCAAGAGCAGGCCAAGAGGCUCCAGGAGGACAAGGAGCAGAUGGCGCUGCGGCUGGUGGAGGAGGCCGAGGGCUUCCAGAAGACCCUGGAGCAGGAACGCAAGCGGCAGCUGGAGAUCAGCGCUGACGCCGAGCGCCUCAAGCUGCAAGUGACCGAGCUGAGCCUGGCCCAGGCCAAGGCCGAAGAGGAGGCCCGGCGGUUCAAGAAGCAGGCUGAGGAGAUCAGCCGGAAGCUGCACCAGACGGAACUCUCCACCCAGGAGAAGGUCACGCUGGUGCAGACGCUGGAGAUCCAGAGGCAGCAGAGCGACCAGGAUGCCGGGAACCUGAGGAAAGCGAUCGCGGAGCUGGAGCGGGAGAAGGAGAAGCUGAAGCAGGAGGCCUUGCUGCUGCAGCAGAAGGCAGAAGAGAUGCAGACGGCGCAGAAGGAGCAGCUGCGCCAGGAGACCCGGGUGCUCCAGCAGACGUUCCUGUCGGAGAAGGACACCCUCCUGCAGAAGGAGCGGUUUGUGGAGGAAGAGAAGGCCAAGCUGGAGAAGCUCUUCCAGGACGAGGUGGAGAAGGCGCAAGGCCUGAAGGCGGAGCAGGAGCGCCAGCAGGAGCAGAUGGAGCAGGAGAAGCAGCGGCUGAAGGCCGUCCUGGAAGAGGCCAAGAAGAAGCAGGCCGAAGCCGAGGCGAGCGUCCGCCGGAAGCAGGAGGAGCUGGGGCAGCUGGAGCAGCAGCGGCAACUGCAGGAGAAGCUUCUCGCCGAGGAAAACCAGAAGCUCCGGGAGAAGCUGGGCCGGCUGCAGGAGGAGCAGAGGGCCGCCCUGGCGCAGACCAGGGAAAUCAUGAUCCAAACCGACGACCUUCCUCAGGAGGAGGCCGUUCCCUCCGCCCGAGCGCCGCUGUCGAAAGCUGUGCCCAACGGCCGAGACGCCGUGGACGGCAUUGCUCAGAACGGCGAGCCGGAGCUGGCGUUUGACGGCAUCCGGCAGAAAGUGCCCGCCCGGAAGCUGGCCGAGGCCGGCAUCUUGAGCCGGGAGCACUGGGAGAAGCUGACCAAAGGCACGCUGACCGUCCAAGAGCUCUCCCAGCGGGCGGACGUCAGGCGGUACCUGCGAGGCACCAGCAGCAUCGCCGGCCUGCUGAUUCAGCCGGCCAACGAGAAAAUGAGCAUCUACCAGGCCAUGAAGCAGCAGCUGCUCAGCCCGGGCACGGCACUCAUCCUGCUGGAGGCCCAGGCUGCCUCUGGCUUCGUCAUCGACCCCGUGAGAAACAAGGCCCUCUCCGUCAGUGAGGCCGUGAAAGAGGGCGUGGUGGGACCUGAGCUGCACAACAAGCUGCUGUCUGCUGAGCGGGCGGUGACGGGGUAUAAAGACCCCUACACCGAGGAAAAGAUCUCCCUGUUCCAAGCCAUGAGCAAAGACCUCAUUGUGAAAGACCACGGCAUUCGGCUCCUGGAGGCCCAGAUCGCCACCGGGGGCGUCAUCGAUCCUGUCAACAGCCACCGCCUGCCUGUGGAGGUGGCCUUCAAGCGCGGCUACUUCGACGAAGCGAUGCAAGAGGUCCUCUCUGACCCCACCGAUGACACCAAGGGCUUCUUUGACCCCAACACACACGAGAACCUGACGUACCUGCAGCUGAUGGAGAGGUGUGUGACGGACCCCGAGACUGGUCUCUUCCUCCUGCCGCUGGCGGACAAAGCAGCGAAAGGGAGGGAGCUGGUCUACACCGACCAGGAGGCCAGGGACGUCUUCAAGAAAGCCACCGUGUCCUCCCCCUUCGGCAAAUUUAAGGGCAAGACCGUGACCAUCUGGGAAAUAAUCAACUCUGAGUACUUCACUGAGGAGCAGAGGCGGGACCUUCUGCGCCAGUACAAGACAGGGAAGAUAACGGUGGAGAAGAUCAUCCGGGUCAUCAUCACCGUGGUGGAGGAGAGCGAGAAGAAGAACCAGCUCUGCUUUGAUGGGCUCCGGGCUCCCGUUGCAGCCGCUGAGCUGCUGGAGAGCAAAGUCCUGGACCAGGACCUCUUCAACCAGCUGCACCAGGGGAAGAAGGCAGUGAAGGACGUCGCCCGCAUGGAUCCCAUUAAGAGGUACUUGAAAGGCACCAGCGCCAUUGCAGGCGUCGUGGUAGAGUCCACUGGCCAGAAAGUGUUGCUCGAUGAGGCCUUGAAGAAGAACCUCCUGAAGCCAGAGAUUGCCCUGGCCCUGCUGGAGGCCCAGGCCGGGUCAGGCUACAUCGUGGACCCAUUGAGGAACGAGACGCUCCCUGUGGAUGAAGCCGUCAGAGCUGGAAUUGUGGGGCCGGAGCUGCACGAGAAGCUGCUGUCUGCAGAGAAGGCGGUGACUGGCUACCGGGAUCCCUACACAGGGCAGGUGGUGUCCCUCUUCCAAGCCCUGCAAAAGGGCCUCAUCCCGAAGGACGCCGGCAUCCGCUUGCUGGACGCUCAGCUUGCCACUGGGGGCAUCAUUGACCCUGUGCACAGCCACCGCCUGCCCCUUGACGUGGCCUGCAAGCGGGGCUACUUCAGCGAGGAGAUGAACAAGGCCUUGUCUCUUCCGGCAGACGAUGUCAAGCUGUACUACGACCCCAACGCCCAAGAAAGGCUCACCUAUGCUCAGCUGCAGAGGAGAUGCCAAGUAGACCAGCAGACGGGCCUCCACUUGCUCCCCCUCUCCGACCAGGCCAUCCAGCUUCAGCAGGAGGAGAUCUACUCGGAUAGCCAGGCCAAGGAAUCCUUUGACAAAGCGACCCUAGAAGUCACCGCUGGCAGCUUAAAGGGCAGGACGGUCACGGUGUGGGAGCUGAUUCACUCGGAAUAUUUGACCGAAGAGCAGAGGCGAGAGCUGAUCCGGCAGUACAAAUCCGGCAAGGUCACCAUCGAGAGGGUCAUCAAAAUCAUCAUCACCAUCAUUGAAGAGACGGAGACCAAGAAGCAAGAGAAGCUGGCCUUCAGCGGCCUGCGAGCCCCUGUGCCUGCCAGCGAGCUGCUGGCGUCCAAGAUCCUUAGCAAGGCGCAGUACGAACAGCUCACGGAGGGCAAGAAGUCCGUGAAAGACCUCUCCGAGGUGGGAGCCGUGAAGAGGUACCUGCAAGGGAGCGACUGCAUCGCUGGGGUGUACGUCGAAGAGACCAAGGAGAAGCUGAACCUCUACGAGGCCAUGAAGCGUGGCCUGCUCCUGUCCAGCACAGCCACCGUCCUCCUGGAGGCUCAGGCGGCCACCGGGUUCCUGGUGGACCCGGUGAGGAACCAGAAGCUGUACGUCAACGAAGCCGUGAAGGCCGGCCUUGUGGGACCAGAGCUGCACGAGAAACUGCUCUCUGCCGAGAAGGCCGUCACUGGGUACAAAGACCCUUACUCUGGGGACACCAUCUCCCUCUUUGAGGCGAUGAAGAAGGGCCUCGUCCUCAGGGAGCAUGCCACCCGCCUGCUGGAGGCCCAGAUCGCCACGGGAGGCCUGAUUGAUCCUGUGCACAGCCACCGCGUGCCCGUGGAGGUGGCCUACAAGCGUGGCUACUUUGACAAAGAGAUGAACCGAACCCUCUCGGACCCCACCGAUGACACCAAGGGCUUCUUUGACCCCAAUACCAAGGAGAAUCUCACCUACCUGCAGCUGAAGGAGAGGUGUAUUGAGGACCCUGAGACCGGCCUCUAUCUCCUGCCCUUGAAGCAGGCUGAGAGACCCACCGUGGUGGAGACAACCCAGGUGUACACAGAGGCAGAGACCAAGAAGGUGUUUGAGGAGACCCAGAUUGACAUUCCAGCAGGAGACUUGGCCGGCUCCUCCAUGACCCUGUGGGAGAUCAUGCAGUCCGACCUCAUCCCCGAGGAGCAGCGCAAGAGACUGAUGGACGAGUUCCGCUCGGGCAACGUGACCAAGGAGCGCAUGAUCAUCAUCAUCAUUGAGAUCAUAGAGAAAACCGAGAUCAUCCGGCAGCAAGACCUCACCUCCUACGAUUAUGUCCGGCGGCGCAUCACUGCUGACGACCUCUAUGAGGCCAGGAUCAUCUCCCUGGAGAUAUACAAUGCGCUGAAACAGGGCACCAAGACCAUCCGCGAGCUUCUAGAGGUGGAGGCCGUUUGGAAGUGCCUCUAUGGCUCUGGCUGCGUUGCUGGCAUCUGCCUCCCAUCCAGCAAACAGAAGCUCAGCGUCUACCAGGCCCUGAAAAAGGGGCUGAUCAGUCCUGAAGUGGCCCGGCCCUUGCUGGAAGCCCAGGCUGCCACUGGCUUCCUUGUUGACCCGACCAAGAAUGAAAUGCUGACGGUGGACGAAGCCGUCAGGAAAGGGGUUGUGGGCCCGGAAAUGCAUGACCGACUCCUGUCUGCCGAGAGAGCGGUGACUGGCUACCGUGAUCCUUACAGCGAACAGAAAAUCUCUCUCUUCCAGGCCAUGAAGAAGGAUCUCAUCCCUCCGGAAGAAGCCCUCCGACUGCUGGAUGCCCAGCUGGCCACUGGAGGCAUCAUAGACCCACACCUGGGCUUCCACCUUCCCUUAGAUAUUGCCUGUCAGCGUGGCUACUUCAACAGGGAGACGUACGACCGGCUGUCUGAGCCCAGCGAAGUCCGCAGCUACAUUGAUCCAUCGACGGAUGAGAAGCUCAGCUAUGCACAGAUCCUCAAGCGAUGCAAGAAGGACGAGAACACGGCCUGCCUCCUGCUGCCCCUCUUGGACACUCGGAAGCUGACCUUCAGGGGACUGAGGAAGCAGAUCUCUGUGGAGGAAUUGGUCCGGUCCAAGGUCAUGGACGAAGCCACUGCCCAGCGCCUCCAGGAGGGCUUAACCUCGGUUGAGGAAGUCACCAAACACUUGCAGAAGUUCUUGGAGGGCACCAGCUGCAUCGCCGGGGUGUACGUGGACUCCAGCAAGGAGAGGCUGUCCGUGUACCAGGCCAUGAAGAAAGGCAUCAUUCGCCCUGGCACGGCCUUUGAGCUGCUGGAAGCCCAGGCGGCCACGGGGUAUGUCGUUGACCCCAUCAAGGGCCUCAAGUUGACUGUGGAGGAGGCCGUGCGCAUGGGCAUCGUGGGCCCCGAGUUCAAGGACAAGCUGCUUUCAGCGGAGAGGGCAGUGACAGGCUACAAGGACCCCUACUCAGGCAAGCUGAUCUCCCUCUUCCAAGCCAUGAAGAAAGGCCUGAUCUUGAAAGAUCACGGGAUUCGCUUGCUGGAAGCUCAGAUUGCCACAGGAGGCAUCAUCGACCCAGAGGAGAGCCAUCGCCUGCCCGUCGAAACGGCGUACAAGAGAGGCCUGUUUGAUGAGGAAAUGAAUGAGAUACUCCUGGAUCCCAGCGAUGACACCAAGGGGUUCUUUGACCCAAACACAGAGGAGAACCUGACCUACCUGCAGCUGAUGGAGAGGUGCAUCACGGACCCAGAGACAGGGCUUUGUCUCCUGCCGUUGAAAGAGAAGAAGCGGGAGAGGAAGACCUCUUCCAAGUCCUCUGUCCGCAAGCGCAGGGUAGUGAUCGUCGACCCAGAGACCGGGAAGGAGAUGUCUGUGUAUGAAGCUUACCGCAAAGGCCUCAUUGACCACCAGACCUACUUAGAGCUCUCUGAGCAGGAGUGUGAAUGGGAAGAGAUUACCAUCUCCUCCUCAGAUGGGGUAGUCAAGUCCAUGAUCAUUGACCGGAGGUCCGGGAGGCAGUAUGACAUUGACGAUGCUAUUGCCAAGGGGCUGAUAGACCAGUCUGCCCUGGACCAGUACCGCUCAGGCACCUUGUCCAUUACAGAGUUUGCCGACAUGUUGUCUGGCAAUGUGAGUGGGUUCCGAUCCAGGUCUUCCUCUGUUGGAUCCUCCUCUUCCUAUCCUGUAAGUCCAGCCCACGUACGAGCUCAGCUGACGUCUUGGAGCGAUCCCACCGAAGAGACUGGUCCAGUCGCCGGCAUCCUGGACACAGACACCCUAGAAAAGGUAUCCAUUACGGAGGCCAUGCAUCGCAACCUAGUAGAUAACAUCACAGGCCAGAGACUGCUGGAGGCCCAGGCCUGCACCGGUGGCAUCAUUGACCCGAGCACUGGGGAGAAGUUCUCGGUUGCUGAUGCCGUGAACAAGGGCCUGGUUGACAAGAUCAUGGUGGAUAGGAUCAACCUGGCACAGAAGGCUUUCAAUGGCUUUGAGGAUCCCCGAACCAAGACCAAGAUGUCUGCUGCACAAGCCUUAAAGAAGGGCUGGCUGUACUACGAGGCCGGUCAGCGUUUCCUGGAAGUGCAGUACCUGACCGGCGGGCUGAUAGAGCCGGAUGUGACAGGCCGGGUCUUGCUGGAUGACGCCCUGCAGAAGGGAUCGAUUGACGCCCGCACGGCACAGAAGCUCCGGGAUGUCAGCACCUAUUCCAAGUACUUGACCUGCCCCAAAACCAAGCUCAAGAUCUCCUACAAGGAUGCGAUGGACAGGAGUAUGACGGAGGAAGGGACCGGCCUGCGUCUCCUGGAAGCAUCCUCGCAAUCCAGCAAGGGCUAUUACAGCCCGUAUAAUGUCAGCGGCUCUGGCUCCACCUCCGGCUCUCGGUCCGGCUCACGAACAGGCUCGAGACCAAGCUCGAGACGAGGGAGUUUCGAUGCAACAGGAUCUGGCUUCUCCAUGUCCUUCUCUUCCUCCUCCUACAGUUCUUCAAAUUAUGGCCGCAGAUACACGUCUGGUCCAAGCAGCAGCGCGGAUGCGGGCAGCCUCGGUUGCACCUUGACCUCUCCGAGUGGGGCUUUUGCACAGGCGGAGAGCCGGAAGCCCCUUGAACUGCGUGGGGAACCGCUGUCCGUGGCCUAAAGCGCCCCGCCCCCCGCCCCCAUGCGCCUGAGAUAACCUUUGCAUUUAUCCUGCUCUGCAUGUGGUAAAGCUGCUGGCUAACCCUAUCAUCAUCAUUAUCAUUAUCGUUGUUGUUAUUAUUAUUAUUUUAUAAAGUUUAAAACACAGUUUCCUUCCAAAGCAGUGCCUAAAGUUUAACCAAAAAAACUAGACUAAUAUAUUAAUAUAUAUGAUUCUUCUGACAGUAUUUGUAUAUUGAGAGAGCAAGAGAGCGAGAGAGCGCACGCAUCCACUCCCCCCCCCCUCGGUGUAGCCAUCCCAGGAGCCUGUUUUGUUUGCACCAUCUGCAGAGUAGAAUAAGCCCAGCAGCCACGGGGCGAUGCCACCGCUCAGGCGGAGCCCUGCCUGCCCCCUUUUAGCCGUUCCUCCUCCUGCCCGGCUCUAGUGACUCUUCUCCGUGAGCUCUGUCAGCUCCACACACACACCCCCGUGCCAAGCCUCGAGACCUCCUGCCUAUGCCAGCUGUGCCCUCCGCCACCUCCAGCGAGGGAGGAAGAUGCUCGGACGGAUCUGUGCUCUCGGACGCCCCGGGCCCCCUUCGCUGCUGCCAUCGAGCUCCCCACGCCGUUGCCUGGACCACUUUUUUCUCACUGGUUCUCAGCAGGACGACCCAGGAAAACUGCUCUCUGCUCCACCACUGCUGCUCCUUGGCCGGCCUCCCCAUAGCUGCGUGGAGCUGCUGUGCUCAGACCACGUUUUCCCCUAGUCCCACCAAAGACGCCCCCUUGUCGCUGGGAGAACUCCUUAGCUGGUUUUCUGAAGUGAGCAAGACUUGGAUCGAUUCGAGAGGAGGCCGAGAGGCAGCGUCCCCUCACCUGCAGUCGCCCACAAAGCGUUGCUGGAUGUCCAUUUCAACUUCCUUCCCAGUUGUCGUGGAGUUCGAACCCCACUGUUGGGGCCAGUGGGACAGCACUGAGGACCCAGGCAGACCCUCCCCCUCCCUUUGCAGCCACCCUGGAGCAGUUAGCAGUGGCCGUGGCAGGCGGCCUGGGCUGGGCCAAUGAUGCCGGGGCGGGAGCCGCCGGGGGGGUCUCCUGCUCAGACCCGAUUAGCACGUCCUCUGUCCCUUGGAGGCCGAAUUCCCAAGGCAGCUCCAGGCAUAGCCGUUCGGAUGUUCCAGAGGGGGGAGCAGGGCCCCUGUGCAGCCUGGCUGCCCCAGCUCAGGCGUGGCUCCUGCGUCCCACCUCUCCUCCCUCAGUAGGCACCAGCCCUCCGCUGCCUGGGCCCUGCCUCAGGGGUGCAGGUGCCUCCCUCUCCGUUUCGAAGCAAUAGCAAUAAGAGGCCUGAAGGCAGCACUGGAGCACCGCAGAAGGCCCCCACCAGCCUCGAGGGGGCGCUGGGCCGGGCCUCAGGGCAGCCUCCACGGGGGCCUUGUGCUCUGCAUGCUCAGUGGGCCCUUCCCGUCUCCCCCUCCCUCUCCCACCCUGCGUAAGCAAAGAAGACGCCCCCGCAGCACAAGCCUUCUCCCCGCCCCCAAGGCUUCGCAGGGCCUUUCUCCUCCAGCCCCUUCUAUGUCGCCCUCUUCUUUGCUCCAUUCGAAUCCAGCCAUCUCAUCCCUCCCCGGCAUUUGUCGUUAUCUUAUUCUCUCAUUAUUCAGUUGUUGUUUUGCUUUUGCAUGACGUAUUAACACAAGCAAGCCCCGUAUCCCCGUUCUGUGUGAACUGGCACAGCCCGCUGCUGGGCGUCCUUCCCCGUCUCUCAGGUGCCCGGAGCUCACGUGGCUCCCUUCCUUCCGCCUGCUUCCGCUCAGAGCAGUAGAGGCUGCUUGGAUUGUGUUCCGACUAAACUGUCCAGACUCAUCUCUUGUUUUUUGGGAGGCAAAACACUAAACCAUGAUUUGUAAAUACCACGAAGUGUUUGUAAAAACGUGCCGUAUGGAACCGUGGCCUCUCCGCCAGGAGGGGGCAGUAAAGGAGAUUCUAUGAAA